AUGCCUUCAUGUUGUGAGACCCUCCUUUCCGCCAUCUCAGGCGCCUCAAAAGGCCCCAAAAAGGUCACCCACAUCCCAAACGACAUCUUCCAAUUCUCCCUCUCCACCAACAUUGGCAGGCUCGCCAGCCCAGCUGGCCCCACGCCCGCAAACCUCUCCGAGUAUGGCAACUUCGGCGUCGGUGUCCUCGCCAACGGCCUGCCCCUCGUCUUCAUCGACACCGUAGCACACAGCUUCGAUUCGGCGAACGCCGUCACGCGCGUCCCCGCUGACGCCGCCAUGCAGAUGACCACGUUCGUUCCAGAGCAUGCAUCCCAGACGGGCUUCCGGAAGGCUCGCGCCGACGGCUUCUGGCUUCCCGAGUGGGCGGCCGGCAUCAGUGUGGCGGGAGUCCAUUGCUACUACUUUAGCGACCAUGAGGAAGGCGAGCGAGUUGGUGGCAGGGUGCUGGAGUUUGAGGCCAGGGACGGAAAGUCGCUUUUACUUGACUGGGCUGUUACUGGACGGUUUCAUCUGGGUAUGCCGAAGGGAGCGGAAUGGGAGGCCUUGAGGCUCUGAAUUGGCGGUACGAUGCGAUGUGCUGAGGGUGGUUCAGACUGUUGGAAGCGUGGUAUCUGUGUCGCCAGAACGGAUCUAUAUCUAGGGAUGUCGGAACGUUCUGUGGUGCCCCGGAUCGCAUCGUUGUUGUCAAAAUCCACCUCGAUAUUGAUGUAAAUUUG